AUGACCGAUACAGAGCAAAACGGGACUACUAGCUACGUGCUACCGACAAAGCAUAUCCUGAGCAAGGCGCAUCUCGCGGCGUUUGAGCGCUCGCCGGCCCACGACGAGCUCAUGGCCUUCAUCGACGCGCUCAACGACUCCAUUGUGGGCCGCAAGCUUUCCGAAGCAGGCGUUGGGAACGAGGCCGUCAUGGAUAUCUUGGACCAGGUGCUCGAGAUUGCCAAGGACACGCCGGCUGUCGACAAUAAGCUCAGCCGGUUCGGUAACCCCGCCUUCAAGACUUUCUAUGACCGAGUCGCAGCGGCUGGCCCCAAGAUGCACGCUGGUCUGCCCGGCCUUCCAGCCGCUGCUAUCCCCGAGGUCGAGACGUACUUCCAGAACUCGUGGGGUAAUAGGGAACGCGUUGACUACGGUUCUGGACACGAGCUCAACUUCCUCUGCUGGCUCUUCUGCUUGAGUAAGCUCGGCGUGCUUCACGAGGACGACUACACGUACAUCGUGUUAGGUAUCUUUUGGCGAUACAUCCUCGUUAUGCGCUACCUCCAGUCGACGUACUGGCUCGAGCCGGCAGGAUCGCAUGGCGUGUGGGGCCUCGACGACUACCAGUUCCUGCCCUUCCUCUGGGGCGCAGGGCAGUUGAAGACACACAAGCACUUCCGACCCAAGGCAAUCCACGACCCGGAAAUCCUCGACGCCUUCGCAAGCGAGUACAUGUACCUCUCGUGCAUCGAGUUUAUCAACUCGAUCAAGACCGCAAGUCUGCGAUGGCACUCGCCCAUGCUCGAUGACAUCAGCGUCGUCAAGACCUGGGACAAGGUCAACUCGGGCAUGCGCAAGAUGUACGUUGCGGAGGUCCUUGGAAAGCUCCCCGUCAUGCAGCACGCGUUGUUCGGGAGCAUCAUCCCGUUCCCGUCGCCCGAAGACGACCCCGAGUUGAAAGCGGCGCUCGAGGAGCACCCACUGGCGCAGCCGGACCCGCACGGACACAUUCACGAGGACAAGGGCUGGGCCAUGGACUGCUGUGGUAUCCCGGUGCCGAGCGCGUUUGCCGAGUCGCAAGCGCAGGGACAGGGCGCCAAGCCGCCCGUGUUCGCGCGGCCGGGCAUCAAGCCAAUUCCGUUUGACUGA